AUGGUGGAUGGCCAGGUCCCAGGAAGUUUGGGCCUGCUGAUCGUGGAAGCAGGCAACUUGAACCUGGGGCUCUUGGGAGAGUACUUGAAAAUCCACCCACCCUGGGAAAACACAGUGGCCAGUAAGAUCAGGAACAUGAAGAUCACGGAUCAGAACCUGGCACUGGACACCAUCUGUCACUUCCUAGACAAGCACAGCCAGCUCUGGGAAAGGCAGGAGGUGUCAUACAGGAACGCCCCCGUGCAAAAGCUCCUAGAGUUCCUCAGCCUGGACUCCAGGAGGGCUGCUGAUAAGGCCUUCCUCUUCUAUCUCUAUGGGCUGAUCUUGCGUGAGUGCCUCAGCAUCGAGCAAGUACAGUGCCACCUGGCCAGCCUCCUGGAACUGUCCCACCAGCACUCCAGCCAGCGGGAGGGCAUUGCGCUGGCUGUGGGCCUGGCCUCCACCAAGCACUUGCAGGAGGUGUGGUCCCUGCUGGAGCACCUGGGCCACACCAAGUUUCUGCGUUCAGCUCUCUUGUAUGAAGACAGCCAGGAUGAGGUCCUGAAGUCAAGCUUUCUCUCUGCGACCAUUCUGCUCAUGAGAUCACUCCAGGAAGCGUACUGCACCGAGAGCUACAGGUUCACUCAGAUCCCAGAGCUCACCCAUUGCCUCUUGGACAUCCUCCAGAAGGAACCCAUCUCCCUGACUACCUUCUUCCAGCAGAAGGUCAUACUGGUCAUCACAGGCAUGAGUAACCUGAAGCCCAGAUUCAAACCCCUGCUCAAGUCCCAGGUCCUGCACGCUUGUCUGCGCAGCGUAUACAUGCUUCCCGUUACCGAGGCCUUGAAGAGUGGCUCACCUUCUUUGGAGCAAACCCCGGAUAUCAUGGUGCUGUACAGGAAGACGUUUCGUGCCCUAGACUUGCUUCUCCAGAACUUCAUCUCUGAGAACCCAAGCAUGGAUGAGAUUUGCUUUCUCCUGCAGCACACAGAGCACUGGCUGGAAUCUGACAAGAGCCACGAGCGCAGUCGGGCCCUACAGUCCAUCUUCCUGCUUCUGCAGUUUGUGGUGGACUCUUUGAAGCUCGCUAAAGAGGCCGUGCCGUCCAUGCUGGGCCACCAGAUAGGCCUACUGAGUCUGCUUUGGCAAGACCAGGAUGAGUCCACCCAACAGCAUUCUUACCGCUCUGUCUCCCUCCUCGUGUAUCUUGUGUACCAGCAGAAGGGGAGGUUGGUGGAGUCCUCCCAGUGGAAUAAGGUGAAGUCCUUGGAAAGCAGCGUGUCUAGAGAGUGGGAGAUGAAGCUCUGCAACAUGGUGAAGGCCUUCAAGGACAGCCUGACGGUGGCACAGCACACACAACUGAUCCUCACGCUAGUGCACAAUCUAAGCAGCUGUAAUUACCUCCGCUGUAACCUUGCUGCCAAGCUCCUACUGAUGAUCUGUGAGGAGCCUGGCUUUAGGAAGGAGCAGGUGGCCGAGAUCUUGCAAGGCCUGUUCAAGGAGCUGCCGAACAUCCACUCCAAGAGUGUCCAGCACACCAUAAGUCUGGCCACUAUGGCUCUGGGGACCCAGCAUAUUCAGGAGGUGGUGGAGGUGGUCUUGUCCCUAUGUCAUCCCUCAGAGAGGUGGAUCCUAACGCUGUGGAAGGCUAUGGCCACCAACUGCCAUGUGGCGCGUGGGGUUAUAAUCCUGCUCUACAUAAAGAUGAGACUGCGGCCGUGCAGGAGUUUUCUCGAGUUCAACUGUCCCACCAACCUGGUCUCCCUGAUGGCUCUGGGUACCAUUUAUGAGCUCCUCUACACCCCGGAGUACAGGGAGACAGUCCUCUGGGCCUUCGCAGGGAUCCUUCUGGGCCUCCUCACAGAGUUGUACUACCUUCUGGAGGUGGGCUUGGUGGAGGGCAUCUUUGACUACGAGGAAGACAAUCUAGCCUCUAAGCCUCUCGGGCCCUGCAGGACCUGCCUGGAAGCACUCAAGGGCCUCUUUUGGACCAACAAGUACUGGGAAGUGUUUGCUGUUGUGAAGAUGGUCCAGGGCUGGGAGCUCUUUGGGCAGUUGGAAACUUUCCCAGAAGGAGUGGCCCUUUUGGCCAGGGUCAUGGCUCACUAUAACUGCGAGGUCAAGGCUGUCUUGGGGCAGGCUCUCAUCUCCCUGAAGAGCAGCGAAGAGCGAGACAACAUCGUGGGCAUCUGCAUCAUCACCGAGUUUCUCAACAGCCCAGAUAUCUCCCAGUAUAUGUCCUGGAAGACGGUGGACAACUCCCUGAAAAUGGGUCUUUCCAAUCGCAACCACAUGGUGCGGGCUAUGAGCCUGAAGGGGCUGGGCAGCACCCUGCUGCACCCUAAAAAGGUAAAUCUGCUGAAAAGUAAGUUGAUGGAGCUAUUUGACAACCUCCAAAAGCCUGAGUUCAAGGACCCUGUGGGCCUGAUGGAGAUCAUGGGACAAGUCCUGCACUGUCUAGGCUGCCAGGGCAUUGGAAUGGUCAUCCUCAAAAUCGCUCAGCACCUUCUCAGCCUCUUCACAGAUGAAAGGGCGGAAGUUCGGAAAGGUGCCAUCUUCCUGUUCGGAGAUGUCAUCCACCAUGGCAGCAAGAAGUUUCAACACAGCCUCAAGAACCUAGCUUUCCAGGCUAUAAUACCCCUCCUCUUCCAUAUGGUUGAUCCCUGCCCAGAAGUAGCCAUGAAGGCCAAGUCCACCUUCCUGCGCUGCGCCAUCUUGCUAAAGUGGGAGUUCCGGAGAGAGCUGUUCGGCAAGCUGGCAUGGGGCCAAGGGCUGGGCGCUGAAAACGACAUUUUUGUCUACAUGAUGGAAAGCAACUUUGGCAGCUACCAGAAGUUUCUCAGUCAGGCCUUGACGUAUCUAAACAGCCCCCACAGGGCCCUAAAACUGGCAGCCAUGAAGUUCAUCGGGGGGUUGCUUCAGGACUAUUUCACUGACCUCUGCUUCUACUUGACGAAGGACGAUGUGAUCAUCCUUAAGAACUAUUUGGAGGCCUUCAGCUAUGACUCAGACUCCAGGGCACGAAAGUUCUUCCUGAACUAUUGGAAUGAUGUCGUGGAGCUAUCCCACUACGUGAUUAACUGA